GCAAUUUUCGAGGAUUAAUAAAGUGUUACAGUUAUUUAAAUUAUAAAAAAAAAAAAAAUUUAUUUAUUUUAUUUUUAUUUAUUUAAGUAUUUAAUUAUUAUGGCAUACAGUUGGGAUAAUCGUGUAAGCUUUGUUGUAAAAGCUUUGUACGAUAUUGAUAAUAAUGGAGUAUUAAAUCAACAUGAUUUUGAAUGUAUGGCAUUAAAAAUGACAUUAAUGGAAGGCAAAGGUGAUUUUAAUUACAAUCGUUAUCAAGAAAAUUUACACAUCAUGUUAUCACUUUGGGAAGAAAUAGCAGAGCUUGCUGAUUUUAAUAAAGAUGGUGUUGUUACUGUGGAAGAGUUUAAAGAAGCUGUUCAAAAAAGUUGUAUGGGACGACCUUACCGUGAUUUUCCGCAAGCGAUGAAAAUGUUUAUUGACAGUCAUUUUAAAUUAGUGGAUAUUAAUGAAGACGGAUUGAUUGCUGCUGAAGAAUACCGAUACAAUUGUGCUACGCGUAUCCCUCUGGACAGUAUCGAAGCUCUUAAUGAAGCUUAUCAGAGUCUUUUAACUGAUGAUGACAGAAAACGAGGCGGCCUUACUCUCGCGCGUUUCCAGGAGCUUUACGCACAAUUUUUAGGCAAUCCUGAUGAAACUUGCCCCGCGGUUCAUUUAUUUGGGCCUCUACAAGAAUUAUGUUAAUUUAAUGAAUCUGUAAAAAAAAUUUAAAUUUAUUAAUUAUAAAUGUAAAUCUCAGGAGACAUUUAACUAAUAAAAUUUUAUUUACUCAUCAAA